AUGGAGGAUAAUAAUAAAACCGAAAUUACAGAAUUUUUCCUUCUCGGAUUUCCUUCUUUACUUGAACAGCAGAUAAUCCUGUUUGUAUUUUUUUUUCUUGUUUAUAUUCUCACUAUAUCUGAAAACAUAAUGAUUAUUAUGACCAUAAAGCUACAUCCCAAACUCCAGAAACCUAUGUAUUUCUUUCUUAGCAACUUGUCAUUCCUGGAGAUCUGUUAUGUUUCAGUGACUGUUCCCAAUUUACUGGUAAAUGCUCUAACUGAGCGUAAGACCAUCUCUUUCUUUGGAUGUAUGACACAACUCUUUUUUUUCAUUUCAUUAAUGUGUACAGAAUGUGUACUUCUAGCAGUCAUGGCGUUUGACCGUUACAUCGCUGUUUGUCAUCCAUUGCACUAUGUUAGAAUUAUGAACCAGGAUUUAUGCAUUCAGUUAGCUUUAGUUUCAUGGAUAUCAGGAUUCACAAUUACUGUGAUAAAAACAUAUUUUAUAUCUAAAUUAAAAUUUUGUGGGCCAAACAUUAUUAACCAUUUUUUCUGUGACAUAUCUCCGGUGCUUAAUCUUGCAUGUAUAGAUAUGUCAUUAGCUGAGUUGGUGGACUUCAUCCUGGCCUUGGUCAUUCUCCUCAUCCCUUUAAUACUAACCACUAUUUCCUACAUUUGUAUCAUUUACACAAUUUUAAAAAUAUCAUCCACUGAUGGAAGGCAGAAGGCAUUUUCUACUUGUGCCUCUCAUUUAACAGUAGUCACCAUAUUCUUUUCAACAACACUUUUCAUAUAUGCGCGGCCAAAGAAAGCCAAAUCCGUGGACAUAAAUAAGCUUAUAUCUCUGCUGUAUGCCGUUAUUACUCCAAUGAUAAAUCCUUUUAUUUAUUGUCUAAGAAACAAGGAGAUUUGGGAUACACUUGCAAAAUAUUUCAACUGCAAAACCAAUUUCCCAAACAUAAUUCCCUGCAUGAAAUUCUAG